CAUGUGAAAUAAGCAAAAAGCAGCCAUCAUUUUGGAAAAAAAAAUACGAAGUAUAUAUAUAUAAAAAAUUCAAAAUUCAGGCGUAGAAAAGUCCAAUUGGUUUUUUAAUUGGUUUCAUUAUCACACUAAUUAAUAAUUAAUCAAGCUUUUAAGAAUACCCACCAAUUUUUUUUGUAGAUUGUAAUUUCAGAGAGAGAAUUAGGAGUGAGAAAGAGAGAAGCAAGAAGCAACAAUGGCGGAAUCCAAAACUGUGCAUUCUCCCAUUGUCACUUAUGCAUCAAUGUUAUCACUUCUCUCCUUUUGCCCACCUUUUGUUAUUCUAUUAUGGUACACUAUGGUACAUGCUGAUGGCUCUAUCUCUCAAACUUGGCUAUACUUGAGGGAGCAUGGGUUACAAGGUUUUGUUGACAUGUGGCCUAAACCCACAUUCACUGCAUGCAAAAUCAUCUUCUGUUAUGGAGCAUUUGAGGCUGCACUUCAGCUGUUGUUACCUGGAAAAAGGGUGGAAGGCCCUAUAUCUCCCACCGGAAAUCGUCCUGUUUACAAGGCUAAUGGAAUGCAAGCAUAUUUUGUCACUUUGAUCACUUAUCUUGGGCUCUGGUGGUUUGGUAUCUUCAAUCCAGCGAUCGUGUAUGAUCAUUUGGGAGAGAUAUAUUCAACACUGAUAGUUGGAAGCUUCAUCUUUUGCAUCUUCCUGUACAUAAAAGGGCAUGUUGCACCAUCGUCAUCUGAUUCUGGUUCCUGUGGAAACUUCAUAAUUGAUUUCUAUUGGGGUAUGGAGCUAUAUCCACGAAUUGGUAAAAACUUCGACAUUAAAGUUUUCACGAACUGCAGAUUUGGGAUGAUGUCUUGGGCAGUUCUUGCCUUGACCUACUGUAUAAAGCAGUAUGAGAUGUAUGGAAAGGUUGCUGAUUCCAUGCUGGUCAAUACCAUUUUAAUGGUAGUGUAUGUCACAAAGUUUUUCUGGUGGGAAGCUGGGUAUUGGAAUACCAUGGACAUUGCCCAUGACCGAGCUGGUUUCUACAUUUGCUGGGGAUGCUUGGUGUGGGUCCCAUCAGUGUAUACUUCUCCGGGCAUGUAUUUGGUUAACCACCCUGUUCAUCUUGGAAUUCAGCUCUCACUAUACAUUCUUGUGGCUGGUAUUUUGUGCAUAUAUAUCAAUUACGACUGUGACAGACAGAGACAGGAAUUUCGCCGUACUAAUGGAAAAGGCUUGGUUUGGGGGAAACCUCCAUCAAAGAUUCAAGCCUCUUACACUACAACAUCAGGAGAAUCCAAGACUAGCCUUCUCUUGACCUCAGGAUGGUGGGGUUUAUCUCGACAUUUUCAUUAUGUCCCAGAAAUUUUAGCUGCUUUUUUCUGGACGGUUCCAGCUCUUUUUAAUCAUUUUCUUCCUUACUUUUAUGUGAUAUUCCUCACUAUCCUCCUUGUGGACCGAGCUAAAAGGGAUGACGAUCGGUGCCGAUCCAAGUAUGGCAAGUACUGGAAAACCUACUGUGACAAGGUUCCCUACAGGAUUGUUCCGGGAAUUUAUUGAGAUUAUCUUUUGUAUGAGCUAUGUAAUUUAAGUCAUAGCUACGUAGCUUUGCUAUAUCAUCGCUCAAUGUUGUACUUUCUAAUUUAAGUCGUGAACUCUGUUAAUUAUGUGUAAAUAUUCAAUGUCUGUAGUAUAUUGGGCAUCUUCCCUGUUUCUUUGGGGAAUAUAAGAGGUUUGAUGUUUAAAUGCUGUAGUACUAAAUACAUUACUGAAUCUUACCUUUGCACCUUAAGAGGGCACGGGUUUUCUCCUCGAAACUUCUAGAUUUCAUCCUUCAGGGGAGUGGUUUUCUUCAGUAUUAA